CCUUGAAACUGUCGAUCAAAAGGGAAUCCUGUUAAGUACUGAAUGGGAAUUAACCAGACGUCGAAUGAUUAAGUUACUUGAAUUUCCGGUCAAACAAAAUAUUAAAGGUGCAGAAAAAUAUUUAAAUUCAUUAGAAAACUUUUUUAUUUUUAUUGAUGCUUACAUCAAAGCUAAAAUCGAAGAAAUUGAAAGCUCUGAAGAAUUUUUACAAAUUAAUCUGCAAGAAGAGUUAUCGAAAAGUAAAAAGGAACGACUUGAACAAAUUAUUAAAAAUUACAAAUCAAAUCUUGAUUCAAAAAAUGAUGAUGAGAUUAGACUUCAAUUGAUCGAAAAUCUUAUCAAUACCAAACUUUGGAUGAUGAUAUAUUUGGAAAAUUAUCUUGGUGCUUACGAAUAUUGGUCACUUUCAAAAUCGGCAAUAAAACUUUCUGUUAUUAAACAAUUUCGUGAUUAUCAAAAGGAUAUGCACAAAAUUUGUCAAGAAUUAAUAGAUGCUCUCGAACAAUCUGUCAUAAUCGAAAUUCCAUUGAAUUGCGAGUUAUUGUCGGAUUAUGCUCAUUUAAAACUUCACGCAUUUAGAGUGUAUUUAGAAGGAGUUGGAUCAGAAAAUGAUAUAAUCAGUCUUCAUAUUAGUAAUACAG